CAUCAGAUGUGAUUGUUUCUAAAGGAGAGCCAACGACUCUGAACUGCAAGGCUGAAGGAAGACCAUCUCCCACUAUUGAGUGGUACAAAGAUGGUGAGCGUGUAGAGACUGAUAAAGAUGACCCCCGCUCACACCGCAUGCUGCUCCCUAGCGGAUCUUUAUUUUUCUUGCGUAUUGUACAUGGGCGCAGAAGUAAACCAGAUGAAGGAAGUUAUGUGUGUGUUGCAAGAAACUAUCUGGGGGAAGCUGUGAGUCGGAACGCUUCUCUGGAAGUGGCACUGCUCCGGGAUGAUUUCCGCCAAAACCCCACGGAUGUUGUUGUAGCAGCAGGUGAACCAGCCAUUUUAGAAUGCCAGCCUCCUCGUGGACAUCCUGAGCCCUCUAUUUACUGGAAAAAAGACAAAAUUCGAAUUGAUGACAGAGAAGAGAGAAUCAGUAUACGAGGUGGGAAGCUUAUGAUUUCAAACACAAGAAAGAGUGAUGCAGGAAUGUACACAUGUGUUGGAACCAACAUGGUGGGAGAACGGGACAGCGAUCCAGCAGAGCUGACUGUUUUUGAACGACCCACAUUUCUCAGGAGACCAAUCAACCAGGUGGUUUUGGAAGAAGAAACCGUAGAAUUCAGAUGUCAGGUACAAGGGGAUCCUCAACCAACAGUACGUUGGAAGAAAGAUGAUAACGACUUGCCAAGAGGAAGAUAUGACAUCAAAGAUGACUACACCUUGCGCAUUAAAAAGGCGAUGAGCACAGAUGAAGGGACAUAUAUGUGCAUUGCUGAGAACAGAGUUGGAAAAGUUGAAGCAUCUGCUACUCUUACAGUCCGAGCACCUCCACAGUUUGUGGUAAGGCCACGUGACCAGAUUGUUGCCCAGGGCCGAACAGUGACCUUUCCAUGUGAAACCAAGGGAAAUCCCCAGCCAGCUGUUUUUUGGCAAAAAGAAGGCAGCCAGAAUCUUCUCUUUCCAAACCAGCCUCUCCAGCCCAACAGCAGGUAUUCUGUGUCACCUACAGGGGAUCUCACUAUUACCAACAUUCAGAGGUCUGAUGCUGGUUACUACAUCUGCCAAGCACUCACUGUUGCUGGGAGUAUUUUAGCAAAGGCUCAAUUGGAAGUUACAGAUGUUCUAACAGAUCGACCUCCACCCAUCAUUCUUCAGGGACCUGUAAACCAGACAUUGGCAAUAGAUGGCACAGCUCUGCUGAAGUGCAAGGCAACUGGUGACCCAAUGCCUGUGAUCAGCUGGUUAAAGGAAGGAUUCGCUUUCCUGGGCAGAGAUCCUAGAACAUCUAUACAGGAUCAAGGAAGUUUGCAAAUUAAGCCUCUACGAAUAUCUGACAUGGGUACAUAUACUUGUGUUGCCACAAGUUCAAGUGGGGAGACAUCUUGGAGUGCUGUGCUAGAUGUAACAGAGUCUGGGGGAACAGCCGUCAGCAAAAACUAUGAUUUAAAUGACCUUCCCGGGCCACCAUCCAAGCCUCAGGUCACUGAUGUUACUAAGAACAGUGUCACCUUGUCAUGGCAGCCGGGCACCCCUGGAAACCUUCCAACUAGUGCAUAUAUCAUUGAGGCUUUUAGUCAAUCAGUGAGCAAUAGCUGGCAAACAGUUGCUAACCAUGUAAAAACACCACCUUACACUGUAAGAGGACUUCGUCCAAAUACGAUCUACCUAUUUAUGGUGAGAGCUAUCAACUCACAAGGUUUGAGUGACCCCAGCACCAUGUCAGACCCUGUCCGAACCCAAGAUAUCAGCCCACCUGCACAAGGAGUGGAUCACAGGCAGGUCCAAAAGGAGCUGGGGGAUGUCAUUGUGCGACUGCAUAAUCCUGUUGUGUUGACCCCUACCACGGUUCAAGUCACCUGGACGGUUGAUCGCCAGUCCCAAUUCAUUCAAGGUUAUCGGGUCAUAUAUCGCCAGACUUCAGGCCUGCCCUCUCCAACUGCGUGGCAGACGCUGGAGGUCAAAGUUCCAACUGAGCGCAGUGCUGUCCUAGUGAACUUGAAAAAAGGAGUGACGUAUGAAAUUAAAGUCCGGCCAUAUUUCAAUGAGUUCCAAGGAAUGGACAGUGAAGCAAAAACUGCCCGAACCACUGAAGAAGCUCCAAGUGCCCCACCGCAGUCUGUUACAGUUUUGACCGUUGGAAAUCACAACAGCACCAGUAUCAGCAUUUCCUGGGAUCCUCCACCUCCAGAUCACCAAAAUGGGAUAAUUCAAGAAUACAAGAUUUGGUGCUUAGGUAAUGAAACAAGGUUUCACAUCAACAAAACUGUGGAUGCCGCCAUUCGAUCUGUCGUGAUUGGAGGCCUGUAUCCAGGCAUUCAGUACAGAGUAGAAGUCGCAGCAAGUACCAGCGCUGGUGUUGGAGUGAAAAGUGAACCGCAGCCUAUAAUAAUCGGAGGGCGUAAUGAAGUUGUCAUCACUGAGAACAGCAACAGCAUAACAGAGCAAAUCACGGAUGUGGUUAAGCAACCUGCCUUCAUAGCUGGAAUUGGUGGUGCAUGCUGGGUAAUUCUCAUGGGUUUCAGCAUCUGGCUAUACUGGCGCAGAAAGAAGAGGAAGGGACUCAGCAAUUAUGCAGUUCAGUCCUUCACCUUCACCCCAGCAGUCACUUUUCAAAGAGGAGAUGGAGGACUUAUGAGCAAUGGAAGUCGACCAGGCCUGUUAAAUGCAGGCGACCCCAGUUAUCCAUGGCUUGCAGACUCAUGGCCCGCCACCAGCCUGCCAGUCAACAACAGUACUAGUGGACCAAAUGAUCUUGGGAAUUUUGGCCGUGGAGAUGUGCUGCCUCCAGUGCCAGGCCAAGGAGAUAAAACUGCCACCAUGCUUUCUGACGGAGCCAUUUACAGCAGCAUUGACUUCACGACCAAAACUAGUUACAACAGUUCCAGCCAAAUAACGCAGGCGACACCAUAUGCCACAACACAAAUACUGCACUCCAACAGCAUCCAUGAACUGGCAGUUGAUUUACCGGACCCCCAGUGGAAAAGUUCAAUUCAACAAAAAAGCGACCUAAUGGGAUUUGGUUACUCUUUACCUGAUCAAAGCAAAGGCAACAAUGGUGGGAAAGGAGGGAAGAAAAAGAAAAACAAAAAUACUUCGAAGCCGCAGAAAAAUAAUGGCUCUAACUGGGCCAACAUCCCUCUCCCACCCCCUCCAGUACAGCCUCUGCCAGGCACAGAGCUAGAACACUAUGGGGUGGAUCAGCAAGAAGCAGGGUAUGACAGUGAUGGUUGGUGUCCACCUUUACCAGUUCAGACAUACCUGCAUCAGGGAAUGGAGGAUGAGCUUGAAGAAGAAGAUGACAGAGUCCCUACACCUCCUGUCCGAGGAGUUGCCUCUUCUCCUGCAAUCUCCUUUGGGCAGCAGUCUACUGCAACGCUCACCCCAUCUCCACGUGAGGAGAUGCAACCUAUGCUUCAAGCCCACCUUGAUGAACUGACAAGGGCCUAUCAGUUUGAUAUAGCAAAGCAAGCAUGGCACAUUCAAAGUACUGCACAGCCACCUCAGACCCCCGUUCCACCAUUAGGGUAUGUGUCUGGGACUCUAAUAUCAGAGUUGGAGACAGGUAUUCCAGAGGAUGAAGACGAGGAUGAUACUGAAGAAGAGGCUAUAGAAAUCACGAGGCCACUGAGAGGACUAGAGCACACUCCAGGAUCCAGCAUGGACAAUCUAGACAGCUCUGUGACAGGUAAACCGUAUUCUUCUUCUCAAAGGCCUCGGCCUACCAGCCCAUUUUCUACUGACAGCAACACCAGUGCAGCCCAGAAUCAGAGUCAAAGGCCUCGGCCCACCAAAAAACACAAGGGAGGUAGAGUGGACCAGCCCCCCUUGCCUCACCGUAGGGAAGGGAUGACAGAUGAUCUUCCUCCACCACCAGACCCACCCCCUGGUCAGGGUUUAAGGCAACAGAUAGGCCCUGGCCAACGUGGCGGUUCGACAGAGAGAAAAGGAAGCUCUCUAGAACGACAACACACAUCCAGCAUAGAGGAAACAAAGAGCUCUUUGGAUCGUCAAGCUAGAACAUCCCUAGAGUGGCAGCGGCAAACCCAGGAAUGGAUAAGCUCCACAGAACUCCAAGGCCAGCAAAAACAAGCAUUCGGAUCAGAAGAGGCACUGGUGCCAUAUAGCAAGCCUAGCUUCCCAUCCCCAGGUGGUCACAGCUCUUCAGGUACAGCAUCUUCGAAAGGAUCAACUGGACCCAGGAAAGGCGAGGUCAUGCGAGGCAGUCACCAACGCAAUGCCAGUGACCUUCUUGAUGUAGGAUAUAUGGGAUCAAACAGUCAAGGACAGUUUCCUGGUGAAUUAUAGUAGUUGAAUACGGACAUCUCAAGCUGCUCUCCAGGGCCACCAAGGUCUGAACUCAUGGAAGUGAUGAUACUAAACAGUGCAAUGAACAUUUUCUUUAUUUAUGUACUUACUAUUAAAAGAACUGUAAAUGCAAUGUAAAGACACACACAGCCACACAUAUCCCACAAAUACUCUACCUGUGUUCUUCUCUUUACUACACCUUCCACCUUAAUCUAUUUCUUAUCAAGCAUAUAAAAAAAGAAAUGAAAUCACCCUCCAGGAAGAAAUGGAUUUCCCUUGUACAUAAUUUCUUUUUAUUGCAUUGCUAUGCAAGCUCACCUUUUUAGCUAUGUUCAUAUUAUUGUCUGUUCUUAUUGGUCUGUUGUACUAUAUGUGAAUUAAUAGGCUGUGGUGCCAUAUAAUAACUUUUAAUUGUGUAACUUUUUAUGUUUAACGUUUGCACUGCAAUUUUUUUUUGUUGGUGAUAAGAACAAAACCCUUACUCCUCGUGACAUGAAGAAGAAAAGGACUGAAUGUGAAAGGAGUCUAUGUACUGUAAGCUAUGUUGGAUAAUGAUGGAUGUAAUGAAUUAUGUUAGGUGGUUUUCCAUUUGGAUGUAGAUUUAGGAAGAUGACUUGCAAAACUGAUGUUGGCAAAGACUUAUUGGGGCAUGGGAGAUGGAAUGCUAUCUGAAAUAAUA